UCAUCAAAGGCAUUCCAACACUCCCGGCGUUGCGUUGGGGAGAGUGGGUCUAUUGAGUGGAGAGGCGUCCUGAGGACCGGUUGAUAUCAGUCUUAGUGUUUUUCGUGCAGACGCUAAGAGCGCGAAGGAUCGGAAGGCCCAGGGUUAUUACAAAACAGCUUUGCAGGAUUGUACAAUCAUCACCCUGCAGAUACACCAAGAAACAUGUGAGGAUGAAGGUCAGGGUAUUGCUCUUUUCUUUUUUGAUUGCCCCACAUCCAAGCAUCCAAGACACUCUUUAUGUUUGGCUUGGCCGUAGAACCUGAACUCUCGCAUAAAACAUAUUAUAUACGUAUUGUUUGGCAAUUUGGAUCCAUUUGGUACUUUCACUUUGUUUACUCUAGAGACUACUGCUUCGGAUGAGUUCGUGUGGGGCCGCCGGUGCCCCAUGUCGUGUUUUCAGCCCGCAACGCAGGCCUGUCGGCCACGGUGACCGAGGACUUUUGGUCAUGUUCAUUGUUUUUCACUUUGCAGUGGCUGGGGCAGAGUAUUCAGAACACCCCCCUACGCUAAUAUCAUACUAAUAUAGACUAAUAAAUAUACAUAACUAUAUAUAUAUAUAUUAUAUGAAGGCUCUAAGACGGGUUAUAUGCCUGAGGUUUCCCUGAGAACGAUAUUCAAAUCGUUCAGGGAGUAGUGGUCGUAAACUAGUCGCAGUCAACCUCAACGAACCAGAUCGGCCAGUCAGGAAGGCGUGAAGAAGGCUUUCUCGGCGUAUGGGCAAGUGAAUCAAGUGAAAAUCCUGGAUUCCUACGAAGGCUUCUCACUGGCUUUAGUAAAGAUGGCCACGACAGAGCAGGCGGAAUGGAUCGUUCACAAGCUGGAUGGGAACAUCCCUCACACGCUGGAGACUCCAGUGGAUGUGACCUUCAUGCCUGCCAGUGGUGCACCACUUAGACAUUUGUUGGCCAAUCCCAACGCCCCUUUUGGCGACAAGGAGUCUUCAAGUCCUGCCACUCCAGAGUUUCAGAAAGCCGUCAGCGACACCAUCGCCGGCGUCAAGGGCUUUAAGUCCAUGCCCUCCGAGGAGGAUCUCCCAGACCCGACCUAUUUGUUAGUGAAAGGUUUGGCUCCCGAGAUCGAUGAGCUGUAUUUGUAUUAUGUGUUUGCUCCCUUCGGUGCGGUUCAGAGCAUCAAAGUGUCGAAAGACGAGUAUGGCGGCUGCACUGGCUCGGCCUAUGUGAAGUUCGGCGUGGCCGAGGAAGCCCUUUUGGCGAUCCAGACGAUUUGUGGCAAUCCACUUCCGGAUGGCAGUGUGAUGGGCGUCUUCGUGAAAUCCAAAGGCUCCGGGACCUCCACCUGACGCGCAGCUGCGGAUCGCAGACCGCGGAUGGUGGAUGAACGCCCCUGCCAGAGUGACGUCUCACGCGCCCAAAGAUCUGUCGCACCCUCCGUCAACUAAACCGAA